AUGCCGGAGUCGGUCUGCGCCUGCGCAGUGCUGAGGCGCGUGUGCCUUCUCCUCGCUGAGGGCGCCUGCGACUCGGACGCCACCGGCAGCAGCAGCGGCUCCGCCGAGGAGAGCGAGGCGGACGGCGACGGGCAGCGGCGUCCCGCCGCGGCCUCCCCAGAACAUCGCCAUGCAGAGUGCCAGUGGGCGAUGGAGAGAGCAGCCAUUAUUUGCCGUUGGACGUGGCUGCAGGCUCAAAUCUCUGAUCUGGAGUAUCGAAUAAGACAGCAGACAGAUAUCUACAAGCGACUUCGUGCUGCCAAGGGCCCAGUAGUCCUUGGUGGUGACUGGCAGCCUGGAGAUCUAAUGAAGAAGCAGGGCCAACUGGGUUCUAGGUCACUAGUGACCUCCAAAAAGAAUAAGUGGCUCUUGCCUUCAUCUUCUAUCCCAAGGUGCCCUGUAGAAGACGGCAUUCCCUCCCACUUCCUGUUUAAUAUGCAGAAGCAGACCUCUCAUCUUACACAGUCUUUGGGAAAGACUGUGUGUCAAAGUCCUUCCUGCACCCCCAUCAGUGGGUCUUCAGCAUCCCUCAGAGCCUGUGUCACGUCACCCCGCCAAGUCAACAGAGUGUUUAACUGUUGGCGUACUGGCUCCUCCAGCAGCAGUUCUCUGAUCAGCAUGAACGUUGCAGAGAGAUUUGGCAAACCAAACCCACUUAACAACCUUGUUUCUGUGUUGGACAAUACCUGCAUUGCUGCUAGAAUCCGCCCAGUUUGCAAAUACAACAAGCGCAAGCUUGUCCGAACUACCUCUGUGUCUCACUUCAGCAGGAAGCCACUGAAACCUCUCACUGUGAAGUGCAGCUGUGAAUGGCCCAGCUCUUGCAUCCUGUGUAGCUGCAAAGCCUCUGUCCAGACAAUAGACCCUGAUACCAUGUCCCUAGAAGAGCGUGUAGCCCUCCUGGACUCUGGCUUCCACCCCAUACUCUCUUUAUCUCAUGGCAACCCUCUCCACUUGCACUUUGAAACCUUACUAAGAGAGGAUGGAUUGCCUAGACUACUGAGCCGUGAACUGAGGACUCUGAAGAUGUCCCGUUUUGGAAAGAAGCAAGAUCCAACUAACAGCACGUUCCCAAAGCUACACCCGUCGCUCCUGCAUGCCUCCCGUUCAGUGUUUGAAGGGAGAAGGCAGCUUGAAGGAACAUCCAGUCACAGGUUUCCUGUUUCCAGUCCUCAGGCACAUAAAUACAGUUCUUUGCACCACCCACUGUCCUUGCACCCAGAGACUCCUCCAGCCCCUUCUUCCAGCCAGAUCCCUUUCACUGGCAGCCCAGCAGUGCAGUCCUCAAAAAGCAGAAAAGCAGUGUGUUCCUACGACAUUGACAACAUUGUGAUCCCCAUGUCAAUGGUAGCUGCCACUCGAGUGGAGAAGCCUCAGUACAAAGAGAUCGUAGUACCAAGCUGGAGGAUAGUGGAGCUUAAGGAACUGGAGCCUUUCAAUCAAGCAGACUCUGAGUUGGAGGAUACUUCUGAGAAGAUGUACUCCAGCCAUCACUCCAAAUAUGAAGAUCUUGAACGAGCCUGCUGGGAUUCCUGGGCCACAGCUACUUCCCAUAAGCGGGGAAGCAGGUCCUCCAACAAAGCAGACAGCCGAUGGGCUGGGCAGCCUCAGCCAGCAUCUCCAGUUACUGGAUUUAAUGGCCUUAAUCAUCUGUAUGUGCAUGCUUCUACUGGCUUGUGCAGCCCUGAGACUUGCAACAGUUUGCAAUCCCUCUCUGUCCACAGUCAGACCAGAACAGUGCUGUCUUGCAGUGAAGGUACCAGAUCAUCCCUGGAAAUGCUGGAUGAAGCAGUGCAGAACAUACAGCCUUGGGAGCCUCGCACAUUUCCACUUUCAGAUUCUGCAUACCGAGGUCUUCUCCAGCACUCAAAUGAAGAUGGCUAUAACCAGGCCGACUUUCAGCCCUGGGUGUCUAGCAAUAAGCAGGGCAUCAGACUUACCUCUGUAGACACUGUCAUACCCGGCUUCACGGGGAUGCAAUUUUCAGAUACGCAUCUGCGAACAGAUGUCAAUAAAAGCCAUAGAGAAGUUCACCGUCCAGCACUGCAACCCAGGAAAGCUUGGCAACAACACUAAACCUGACCUGUGGUGUUAGCUGUGCUCACUGCAGUGUCAGAAGGCUGCUGGACUGGUGCAGUGGAGCACCAGCAGUGUGUGGCAUUGCUGUGUGUCAGACCUCAUUUCAGCAGCAGAUGAGUAGAUUUCUGGAUGAGGAGGGGUUUAGGCACCUGAUGGAGCUAUGGUGCUAGACUUCCAAGGGAUAGUGCUUUUCAGAAAGACCAGUUUCUGGUCAGGUCUGCAAAACAAGGCCGAACUGCCUUGUCACAGGAAGGUUAGGUGCUGCUACAGACAGAGGAAAGGAGAUUUGAGUAAAAUUAAUUGCAACAGUAGAAAGAAAACAAUGUUUUUCAAUCUUGAUCUUUACAAAAGUGCCUACCAGGUGGCUGUUGAGUGCUUUAGUGGUUAGCAGCAGGUUUCAGGGUGGUGCUCACUUGCUCCCAGAUCAAUUUCCAAAUGCCACAGAGGUCUGAGGAUGUCUUGUGAGUUUGAUAUGAAACAAAGACCUGGUGAGGAAGGGGAAAGGAUAAGGCAGCAUGGUAUGUACUCUAAAAUGCAGCUUUGAAAAAUUAAUCUUGUAAGUACAUGAAAAUCAGGUUCCCCUUGCCCUGCUUAAUUGAAGUUUUGUAUUGGCUUCCUUCAAUGAAACUGCAGGUCAAUUUCAUAACACACAGUUGUUUUGCAGUAUCCUUUCUGUAACAAAACUGAUGUGUUACAAUUCUCUGACUUUUUCUAUAUUUUCUGAAUUGCCUUCUCUCCUUGGAGUGAAGACAUUUUCUCAGGGAUUCUGGCAACAAACCACUGAAGAGCGAUACAGCUGAGGAAAAUGUGCAUUCUGUAACAGGGACUUGCAGCUGCCAGCUGUUUUGAGGUGAGCAGGGCGGUGAGCUGUUUUCAGGGAAUGAGCGUCAAGCCUGAUCAAUCUUGAUAGGUGUCCCACCAGAAUGUAUCAAAACUAAAAUGGCUGUUAAGACUCAGUUGAAUCUGUAUUAAGGUGACCAGGAACCAUGUUCUAGCUUGACUAAAAUUUCUC